AUGAUCAGCGAUCGAUUUUGGCGCGGUGGUGACGGCGUUGAGGUGGAACGAGUCGUUUCCGGCGCGGCGGCUUACUUCCCGGCGAAUGUGGUUAGCGCGCCGUCUGUGAGAAAAAAACUCGUUUGGGUGGAGUAUGAAGCCCUAAUGGUCGGAGGCUCUGCGCGUAUGAAGGAGUACGUGGUUCCCACGCGCAUCCGCCCAUCUCCGCCGCGCGAGCUGCUCAACACGCGGUUCAAGGCUGGCGAUGACGUCGACGUCUUCAGAGACAGCGAAGGCUGCUGGGUUCGAGGCGACGUGACGGCCGUACUUGAAAACUCAAGGUACAUUGUCGAGUUUGAAGGUGAAAAUCGCUCAGAAUCAGAAGUUCAUCGCUCUAAUCUGAGGCUGCAUCGUGACUGGGUAGAUGGAAAUUGGGUGCCGUCUCCUCUUCAACAGGGCAAUGUCAUGGAAUCGACGCCCAAAAGUCUUAAGCUGAAGAUAAAAUUUAGAAGAAGAGAUGAAUAUGAGAAGGGAGCUACUGUGGAAGUCAGAAGUGAAGAAGAAGCUUACGCUGGCUCUUGGUAUUGUGCACGUAUAAUCAGUUUACUGGGUGAUGAGAAGUACAUUGUUGAGCACUUGAGAUUCAGAAGUGACGGCGAUGAAACGAUCCCUCUGAGAGAUUUGGUUGUAGCACAGAACAUUAGACCAGUGCCUCCUCCUCCGGUACUAUCUCCCAGCUACGAACCAGGGGAUGAAGUUGAUGCUUGGGUCAACAAACGGUGGUGGAUCGGUAGGGUUUCCAAAGUGCUCGGAGGAGGUUCAAAGUGUUUAAUCUAUUUCAUUUCCACUGGUGAAGAAACCAUAGUCUUACAUUUCAAUUUGAGGCCUCGCAAGGACUGGAUCAAUGGACGAUGGGUUAAUCCUUCCAAGGUUCAAUGGAAGAAGCUGAAAUCUUGCGAGAGACCGGAGUUUAAGAACGGGAUGAUGGUUGAAGUGAGAAGCGACGAGCCAGGUUACGAAGGCUCAUGGUACUCCGCGAAGAUUAUAAGCUGCUUAGGGGAUAACAGAUACGCAGUGGAGUAUCAAACACUGAGAACGGAGGAUGAAAGAGAGUUGCUAAAGGAAGAAGCGAGAGGUUGGGAUAUAAGACCGAGUCCUCCUCAGGUUAUUCCAAGGGCGUGUCGAUAUGAAUUGUGGGAACAUGUGGAUGCUUGGUUUAACGAUGGAUGGUGGUCUGGUUGCGUCUAUAAGAUCAAUAGCGAUUACACGCAGUAUGGUGUCUACUUCAACACGACUAAUGAGAGAUUGGAGUUUGCUUACAGUGAGCUUAGGCCUUGCCAAGUCUGGAUAAAAGGGAAAUGGAGCCGUGCUCAAGAAUGA